GCGUCACGUGAGCAGAACUGUGCGGAAAAACGAAAGAUGGCAGGAGCGGGGUGCUCGAGCCGAGUGCUAUUAACGGCUUUAAUCGCCUUUUUAUUCACCCUUUUCUCCACGGGGAGCUCCACUACUCAAGUGCCACUUCUUAUGUGGUCCAAUGACGGCCUACCACCACUGGCCUCUCCUGCAGCUGGUCACAUCACAUCCAAUGAACAGCUGACUGCCUACCUCACCUCUGCUCUUGGCUCUGGACCCCACACUGUGCUGUUGUUCCUGCAGGACAAGUUAAGCAAAGAUGACUUCACAGUCUUUGGAGGAGUGUUUGGAAACAAGGAGGAUAGUGCCUUUCAAAACCUGGAGGCUGCACUGCAGUCCUUCUCGUCAGUGACGCUCCCUGCUUUAGAGUGGUCCGGCUCCUCUGCUGUCCUGGCUCUGCUGCAAGACAAGCUUGGUGUCUCGCCGCUGCUUGUGGACGCAGACACUCUGUCAGAUCUCAGCAUCGACACAUCUGCCAGCAAUCUGCUGCUCAUCAGUCUUCCUUAUUGCACUGGCUCGGACAAGUCUUGCAAGGAAGUCCUCCAUGACAACGAUGUAAUUAUUGGGAAAGUUCUGGAUACCAUGAAAGACAAAAAUGUCGUAUACACUGCAAUAUACACAGGACUCCAGCCAUCAAGAGUGAUUUCAGAAACAUCUAUGUCUAGCCACCAUGCGGGGCGCUCCUUGCUCCAAGAAGUUGUGCGCGACGUCAAACCGCCCAUCAUGUUUAAUGUGUCGGGUAACCCCUGCAUAAUGCUUUGGGCUGAGAAUCUCAACGUCAGCCUCACAAAGGACGGAGAGUGGACCGACCUUGCUACACAAACACCUUCCUUGGCAGGAUCAAUGUGCAACAACAGCAACUCACUGCUUGUCCUCACUUAUGAAACAGGCUUUAUUCUAAGCUUUGCCAUGAGUCAGCGGCUCUUCCCUGUGUCUGCACGCAACUGGUCCACCCUGGACUCUGUGCAGCUGCAGUCUGGCAGUAUGACUGCAUCUUUCAGCGGGAGCCGCAGCAUCUACACCCCCAUAGAGUAUUCCUUCCACUGCCAGUCUGUCACCAACUACGUAGAUGCUCUGCUGGUGCGAAACGACACCAACCCCAACCCCAACACCACCGAGUGGAGGCUCCACUUUGCCGACUUCCAGAUUCAGGGCUUCAGUUUGUCCAAUGGAACAGAUUUCUCCUAUGCCAGUGACUGUGCAGGCUUCUUCACCCCGGGGAUUUGGAUGGGGCUCUUGACCUCACUGCUCAUGCUGUUAAUUUUUGUGUAUGGUCUGCAUAUGAUCAUGCAGCUAAACACCAUGGAUCGAUUCGACGACCCCAAAGGUCCAUCGAUAUCCGUGCCUCAGACGGAGUGAAGCACACACAAACACACACACUCCUCAGUCCUCCAGUGCCUACCAGGAGAGUCCCUCCUUGUCGUGUUGCUUUUUUGUGUCUGGUCCUUUUCUGAAGAUACUUUUCUGGCACAUGGACCUUUUCUCUGAUAUUCUCGCCUGUGGUUUUCUCUCUCGAAUCUUCCCACAGCUGUCUCUUGCAAGGCACAUUCCAUUUCAUCUUUUUUUUUUUUUUUUUUUUUUUUUUACGAGUUGAUUUUGAGUGCAUGUGCUAAAAGAUGUUUUUGUGCCACUGCUGGCCUGGACACAUUGGCUGCUUUCUCUAAAAUGAUUUGCACACAUUUCUCAUACCAGAGAAUGUUUUGCAUGCCAACAUGAAUGUGAUCGCUGGAUGCUGGAGGACCAUUUCAGACCUCAGUUCUUACUUUUUUAAUUUCUCCAACUCGACUAUAAAGACUACUGGUAAUGAAAGAAGUGCCUGUAUAUAAAGAGUAGAUUGCGGUUUGUGGCUAUGUUUUGGGAUUGCCUUAUAAAGUAGGGGAGGCUGGGGAUGGUUGUGACAUUUUUAUUUGUAUCUUAGAGCCCUUGUAAGCCAGAGCGUUCAAAAUGUGACACAAAAUCAGUUAUAUUUGUCUGCUAUUAAACGGUUUAACUGUUAUCUCGAUAUUCACCCCGUAGUCCAACAUAUUUGUAACAUGGCCCGGGAUUAAAUUAAACAUUAUAGAAUAACAACAAGGACAAAAACUUAACCUAUUUAUUUAUUUUAUAUUUAACACACUGUAUCUGUAAUAAUGUAAACACCAUAUCCCUGUUUUCACAGAGAGAAAAAAAAGUUUAAAAAAUAAUGAUAAAUGAAAAUAAAAAGGUAAUGGUUUUGUCAUAAGUUGCGAUUACAAAGGUACGUUUUUGACUGGUUUGACAGGAAAACGCAUCAACAACUGGUUAAAUAAAUUUUGGUUAUUUGUUAACCAUUUAGGAAUCUUUUUUAUUCAACACUUAAAUAACUUUUUUAACAUGAUUGGUGUGUAUGGGCGCUUGUGAGCCAUGUAGCCUCAAUUAAAAUUUUAUUUUCAGUAUGUUACUACAUUUUUCACUUGUCACAGCUAACCCAGAGGAGUGCAAGAGCAGCCAUAAAGUAGUUUACCUUGAGGCUAACAACUGAAACAUAAGCACUAACAACCUACAUGAAAGAUAUCUACAUAGACACAUAUUAAACAUGACUAAAAAGUCAUGAAAUUAACCAAAAAGCAGGCAAUACUAUUAGAAAAAAAUAAACUAAAAAAGUUUUUUCUCACAUUAAAUUAUAUUUUUCUUUAUAAAUUUUUCUGUUUCUGCCAUAAGCUGCUUAUUUUAGCAUGAGGAAUAGCGAGUAAACUGAGCAUGUGCAGAGGGAAUCAGGUAGCUUGUUCUUGUUUGGAAAAAUUCAAGUGUUGCAACCAUCUCCGGACUCCCCUAUGCUGACUUUAGCUUUAGCUCCUCAAGGGCGAAUCCACCACUUUAAAACAAUUUUUCUUGAGAGUAUUUAUUUAUAUUAAAACAAGUUUACCCCUUGCUUCAGGUUAAUCCCCCCCCAAAAUAAUAAUGGACUGUGCUUAAUUUAUCAGAGAAGGGGAGUGACUGGGAUGUGACUUAAUUAUUUUAUAUGUAUAUCAUGACCCCGAGUGUCCCUGAGUGACUUGGGAAAAAUGCAUGAGCUUCCCUCCACCAGAAAAAAAAAAAUGCCUUUCAAACCCACUUUCAAGUUUUUGGAGUUUGGAGUACAAGGCGACCUCUAUCUCAGCUGUUGGAGUGUCGUCCCACCCCCCUAAAACAACACCCCAAAACAAAACAAAAAGCAAAAUACCACAGUUUAAAGUUGAAUGUCCCUCUUCAAAGCCAUAUCAAACAACAUAGCUUCAUUCCCAGUUCUCAAAAAACUAUUUCAGGUGCCUCCCCUCUCAUAAAUAAUGAACAGUCCCUAACAGUGCCUAAGCUCUGCUUUUGUGAAACUUGAUACUGUGCAAUUGCCAUGUCAUGUACAUUGUCUUUAAAUGAAAAUAAAGAUACAUAAAUUGAGA